CAGGCACCUUGAUGGUAGGCAGCCACCAUUUGCCCUCUCUCGCGGAUCCUUUCUCAGCCUCGUUAGCAUCUUUCGAAACAUACCAGAAUUCAUUGGGGCCUUUAAAAUUGUCCAGGCAAUCCUAGUCCAAAGGAGUCUCUCAGAAAUUCAGCAUGCUUAGCAGGUUGCAAGAAGCUUCACAAUACGUGGCACGAGCGAAGAAAAAGGAAAAGGAAAAGUCUGCAAGUUUCUCUGAUGAAGUUGGGAUUGGAAGUAGUUCUGAUAGAUUUGGAUAUCAGGAUUACCAAAAUUCAAGAUUUUGUAAUGAAAACUCUUCGACUGACUGUUAUGAUGAGCUUCGGAAAGUUAUCAGGGAGAGUCUUGGUAGGCAAAAUUUGUUAUCAAACGGAUCAAUCAAUGCUAAGGCUUAUUCUGACAGAAGGGAAACAGAAUUCUCUACUGACUUGCCUUCUAGUAAUUCAAGCAGAACGUCGACAAGUUAUUCCCAUGACUCGGCCUCUGUCAGUUCUAAUUCGUCAAAUAUGUCAGAAGAUAGGCCAAAAGCCUCCAAUCUAGUCGCAAAGCUUAUGGGAUUGGAGGAAAUAUCUUCAAUGCCAGUGCAGUCUGAGUCUAGGAAACAGGUGGAGAGAGACAAGAAUCUGAACCCGAAGGGCUUGAUCUUUGAUAUUGAUAGGCCAAUACAAAGGAAGCCUGGGAUUGCUGCUCAGAAUGGAGAUAGGGGAUGUAUGACACUGGAGGAGAUAAUCCAGAAUAUGCAGUUCAAAGGACUUUUGGACAGAAAUCAAUUUCAAAUCUAUGAUUCUUCCGAGUCUGAAGACCAAUUAAGAAAUCACGCCCCACCUGUCGUGUUAAUGAAACCUGUUCAUGCAGGUGAUGGUGCCAAUGAUUUCUUCUCGCGUAAGUGUAUCCCAGGAGAGGGAGAUGUGGACUCUGGAAAGAGGCGGAGCAUGUUGAAAACAAAAGAAGGGAGUACAUCCAGAAUUUUGGAACAUAAGAUACCUGAGACUAAUGUAGCUAAGCCCACUAGAAAGGCAAUACGGAGGUCUGCGGAUAACAAGGUGAAACUGACUAAUUCAGUUAGUCCCAGAUUGCAGAAGGAUCCGAUUGACAAGAAAGUCGACAAGGUUCCAAAAAGUACAAGUAGAAGGAAGCCAGUAGAAAAGGAAAAUGUGAAAUCUACAGGUCUUCUGAAAAAUCGUGAGCAACCUAAAAGUGUUUCGAGAAGUCAUGAGCAUCUGAGUUCACCUGCAAUGAAACUGAGAAAGUCUGAAACUGGACCAAGCAUCCAUGAAAGGAAACUUACCACGCAGCAGAACAGCACCAAGUCAAAACUCAUAAAUAAGGCAUUGGCAAGUAAUGAUCCAAGUAUUGUACACAAGGGUAAAGAGGCACACACUGACCAAAGAAAGAAAGCUGAUCCGAAUGUCAAGGACACUACAGCAACUCCACAACUCCGGGCUGAGGAAGAGUUCGAUGAUCCUGAGGUUCUCAUUAAAGAUAUCUACGUCGACAGCCCUAGUCACACAACCAAACAUGAAUAUGAUAGCAGUUGUCCAAAAGAACAUGAUGCAUCUGAAACUACUUUUCACGACACAAAAACCACGUCAAUUACCAUACUUCCAAGAAGCUUUUCAUUCCUCACUCGCGUAGAGGACUUGUUCGACAACAUUGACACAUACCAACCAAUGGCCUUACAAAUACUAACCGGAUUGCAUUGUCGCGAUGGUACUAAUUCCAACCUCUUGAUGGACUGUGCCAAUGAACUACUGGAGACCAAAAGCCAGAGAACCAUACCAUGCAUUCAUCCAUUAAUACAAAGGCCCUCGAAAAAUCCAAGUUUCUGCAUCUCAGCUGAUCACCUAAUGCAGGAAGUUCGCAGUGGGAUGGAGAGCCUGAUGAGCUACAAAAAUCACGCAGGGGAGAUGGUAUCGACAAGUGCAGUUUCUGCAUUGCUGCAGAGAGAUCUUUGGUGCCUUGGAAGAAAAGUGGAGGCGUGGGAUGUGGGCUGGAGGAAUGGAUUCACAGGAGAUGAAGUUCAAACAGUGUUAUGGGACCUGGAUGAGCUGAUAUUAAGUGAAUUAGUUGCAGAGGUUCUUGCAGAAAUAUGUUCUUGAGCAAUUUAGCAGCACAAAAUAUUGCCCCCUGCGCAUAUAUGUGAUCAACUUAUUCUUUUAUCAAAUUUGUAGAAAAAUUAUGCCUAAUAUAUUUGUGUCAGUGUCAAUAUCAAAAGAUCAAAAUCGAUGAGUUUA